UGUGAGGGGAAGGAAGAUGGCGGCGAUUGAUGGAGUGGGACUGCUGCUGUUGCGCUUUUAAAACGACAAAAACAGAAGCAGUUAAUGCUGAAUUUUAGCGGUUGAUUAAAUGUAAUGCAAGACGGUAGCAUUGAUCUGAGAUUGCACAUUACCGGACUAAAGGUUUAUUCCUGGAUGACAUUAUUCCGGCGUGGCCUUGCCCAUCGCUGCUGGCCUCCAGGACCUACUGUGUGAAUUCUGCACUGCUAGUAUUCUUGGCCCAUGGACUUAACUCCAGCAUCAGGCUUCAAAAGGAGGCCUGCUGCCUCCUCUUCCCCAAGUGGAGUUAAAGAGAUUUCCAGAAGCCCUCUUGCCUGCUCUCCCUCCUUGUCUUUGUCAUCUCCUUCAUCUGAUCCGUCUUCGCCCCUGUCUACAUCCUCCUCUGUUUGUGCCAGCUCAUCAGUUUAUCAGAAUCAUGUCAAAGGUCAGACACAAGGGACAGAGCUGGCCAGGGUAUCCUCUACUUCCACCUCUGUAACAAUGCAGUCUCUCUCCACACCCACACCCAGCACCACCUCCUCAGAAUCCUUUCCUCACAUGUCUGUGCAGCCACUCGUUGAUUGUGAAGAAGAGAAAAGAGAGAUGUAUGAUCCUUUCCAUCCAACUGAGGGAGUGAAGGGGGAAGAGGGGGAUGGGGAGAAAUAUGACCCAUUUGACCCCACUGGUUCACCAGCAUCAGAUGCUGAUGAUGGAAGUGGUAAAGUGAGGGGGAUGAAAAGAAAUGCUGAGAGAGGAGAUCAAGAGGAGAAAGAGGAAGAACCUCCAGAUUCCACAGACACAUUGACUGACCUGCCAAGCCCCUGUCUGACCACCCAGCACCCUCUAAGGAGGAGAGUGGAAUGUAGCACCGCCAAAGCUGGAGAGCAGAGGGAGAGUGCUGACUCUGAUCACUCCGAGAUAGAGGAGGGAGAGAUAGUUGGGGCUGCUGACAGAGAUGGAGGCAACAAGAGGGCUGCAGGAGAAAUCCUCCCCCUGAAUUCUCCCAGCGUCUCCUUCUUUGGUUCAAAGCCAGAGCGCAUCCUCCGGGUGCUGGAUGGGGAUGGCUUUGUGUCAGUGCGUGCAGAGAGCAACUGGGAGGUGGACAGAGAGCCCAAGGAGGAGCCUGUCGUAGGAGUAGAGGAUCUGAGAAGGAAGCUGGUCAGCAGACGGAAGGAAAGAUAUCUCUCCUUUCCUGCUUCUUCCCCACUCUCUCCUCAGCCAACACCUCCUCCCUCCCAUCCUCCAGCUUCUACACCCUCUCCCCCUCUCACACCUCUGAUGGAGCAAAGCAGCAAGAACCGCAGCAAGUCCUCCAAGAGCUCCAAGGAUCGUGAACGACAGAAAAGCAAGGAUAGGAAAGCUGGGGAGAAGGAGGAGAGAAGAAAGAAGAGUAGGAAGGACAAAGAGGGAGGUCGGGAGAGGAGCAGAGAAAAGGAGCGAGGGCACAAGAGAGGGAAGGAGGUUAAAGGAAGGAGGAGCACCAGGAGCAGUAGCAGGAAGAGGAAGAAAAGACAGCACAGCAGCCCAGAGGCCUCACGAUCCUGUAACUCUUCAGGAAGAGGCAGCCACACUAGACACUCCUUUUCCAAUCUAUCAGAAGAAAAACACAGAGAGAAAAAAAGAGAUAAAGACAGAGACAGAGGAAGAGAGAGAGACAGGGAAAGGGACAGGGACAGAGACAGAGACAGAGACAGAAUGCAACACCGGACCAGUAGCCAUAGAAGAGAUGGAAGAGAUCGAGAUUCUAGCUCCAGAAGGGAGGAGGGGGAAAGGAAGGGAAGACAACAUUCAAGCAGCAGAGAGCGGGGCAUUUCAAAGAGGUCCAGAAAAAGCAGGGAAAAGAGGGAUGGUGAUAGAGACAGGCAGCGUGAGAGGGAACGCCGACGGGACGGUCGUCCUGUUGUUCCACCAUCUAUCCAAGACCUCAAUGGGUCUGACCUCUUUGCCAUUAAGAGAACUAUCACGGUCACCACCACCACAACCACCACCACUGUACCCGGCUCCCCAAGACUUGCCCCAACCUCCCCGUGUCGGCCCACACAGGACUCUGACAAGCCCCACAAAAGGAAGAAGAAGAGAAAAUGGCACUCAGCUGGAGAGAUGGACGACCAGGGAAGUUGUCACAGCCAGUCACAGUCACUCUCACCACCAAGGUAUCACAGCUACGAGUCAGACCGCUAUUCAGACAAAUUAGAGAUUGACGUGUUGUCUUUGGAUGGUGAGGCUUUGGACUCAGACUACCCAUCUUUGGAGGAUACACCUCCCGCUGCCCUGCCUCCAGAGCCACUCGUCCCCAGCCCCAAAAUUAAAACUACCCCAAAGACUGGACGACAUCACCCAAAAAAGAAAUCUCGCACAAUAAAGAAAAUUGGUCAGUCAGAAUCUUCCUCCUCCUCUUCCAAUAGAACCAAAAGCAAAUGCCUCUCCUCACUGACAGUCACUUCAGGCUCUGCCUCCGCCUCAUCUGGCUUUCCCUCAGCAAAGCGAGGUAGGAAGAUGGGAAAGGACAAAGACCGCGACAAAGGCAGCAGAAAGGAUUUGGGUCACUCUGGCAAAUCCAAGAAAGAGAGCAGCAGCAGCAGUCAGAAAGGCAAGCUCCAGUCGAAAGUCUCUGUGCUGGUACGUGAGGGUGUGAGCAGCACCACAGGGGCUUCUGUUGGGUCAGGAAAGCUGGGUAUGGACCUCCUAGGACCAGGAGGUGCAGGGGGUGUUGCUGGGGGCUCUGUGGUGGGUGGCUCAAUAGCGGUAGUCUUCUGCAGGGACAAUGAGAGCAGGUCUCCAUUCCUCAAACCUUGCUCAGAGCCACUGUCACUGGGCAGCCGCAGUAAAGAUCUGGCCAGUAUGGGAAAGCGAAGUAGCCUGGUUGCACCACCAUCCUCCUUAACCAGUCCUGCAGGACUUAAAUCCAAAAAAACAAAACCAAGCUCCAUCACAUCCACUUCUUCCUCUGCCUCCUCCCCAUCAUCAACUCUAGCAACCAAGCGCCGUCGUCGUCUUGCCAAGAAGACAAGAGAAAAGACUGUGGCUGUAGGGUUGACAGCUGGAGACGACAGCCAAACAAAAGCACUGUCUGAGGGCUGGGGUGGAGCCUCCUUAGAUGUUCAGUCAGCCAGUGGAGAUGGGAGCAAGUCAGUCAGUCCACAUACUAGCCAAGCUGGCCCUGCGCCCUGUUCCUCCUCCUCUUCCUCCUCCUCUUCCUCCUCUACCAGUGUACUUCCACCCUCUUCCUCGCCACCCCACACACCUCCACCGUCUAUCGCUCCAAUGCGGGACACCAGGGAGUCUUCGCCAGACUCUCAGACUGUGGACAGCAGCUGUAAGACUCCAGACCCGUCAUUCCUAGCUGAGGACUGUCCAACUCAAACCAGCCCCACACUCCCGGCAUCCAGUCCGUCCAGCCCCCAGGGAGCUGGCCUCAGCAUUGCCUUGUCUACGCCCUCUGCCAAGCCCUGUACUCCAGAUGAUGCAACCAAAUCCCUGGCUUCGCCCCCGUGCACGUCCUCUUCCGCAAGCUGUGGUCUCACUUCCGUUUCCCUGCCUCUAUCUUCUUCAUCAGAACCCUCUUCCUCCUCUGUGUCUUCCUCGUCUGCUAGUAAGCACCCCCCCCCCCCCCCUCCAGCAGCGCCUGCCCUCCCCUGGAGUCUGCAGACCGGGGUGGACUGCACAACUGGAGGAGUUCUAGCAUUGACUGCUCUGCUUUUUAAAAUGGAGGAGGCCAAUAUCGCCAGCAGGACGAAAGCACAAGAGUUCAUUCAAGCAACCAGCCAGAUUCUCACACAGGCCAAUCAGAGCCAGUCCCAGCAGCUUGCCCCUCCCUCAUCAGCCUCCUCCUCCUCCUCACAGAUCCCUCCCCCUCCCUCUCUUCCUCCGCCUCCUGGUCUGAGCCCAGCCCAGUUCAUCCUGCACAGCUCUCUUCCAUUGGUCGGCUGCACCAAAACUCCACCCUCUCUCCUGCACCCCUCCAUAGGUGGUGGAUGUGCACAGACCCCGCCCUCCAUCAUGCCUGUGGGGCUGUCUGGAGUUACUGGGAGCUCUAGUGACACUGGUUGGGACAAUGAGAGCAAAGACCCUGAUAAGUACCUGAAAAAGCUGCACACCCAGGAGCGGGCAGUGGAGGAGGUGAAGCUCGCCAUCAAACCUUACUAUCAGCGAAAAGACAUCAACAAGGAUGAAUACAAAGACAUCCUCAGGAAAGCAGUGCACAAGAUCUGCCACAGCCGCACUGGGGAAAUCAACCCUGUCAAAGUCAGCAACCUCGUAAAGCUGUACGUUCAGCGCUACAAAUACUUCCGGAAACAUGGACGUAAAAUGGAUGAGGAAGAGAGGGAUGACAGGGAAACAGCAGCGCUGCAGUCCUCUGCCUGAUAGGAGACUUUUAAAAAUGUUCCCCCCACCAUCUUGAUUUGGAAGAUCUGGGCAAUCCACUGAUUGUUUUUGUCUGAUAUUUUUAUUGUUUCACAGCCCACCUUGUCUGUGCUUUUAUGUGAUCUUUCUGAAGCUUCUGCUCUUAUCUCUAUGAUCUCACUGUAAAUAUGUCUCACAUAGAAAAUGUAUCAUCUAUACAGUGUUCAAAAAGUGGAUACUAUCGCACACCUGUGUGAUCUAAAACAGUUCAGUUAACCAACCCUGCAAUAAAUCCUGCCUUUGUGAAGCUUAUAGUUUUUAAAUUUUGUUGACUGUCCAUUGGAAGUUUCACAAUGGUGGCAUUAAUUGCAGGGCUUUUUUUUUAAUAGUAUUGGAUUAGGUGUUGAUGCUGCUUUGUCUAUCCCAUCACAAUGUAUAUCAACAUCCAAGCCAAGGAGAGAUGUAAUGCCCAGUUACAUAACCAAAAUAUGUUGUACUAUAGUGUAGGGAUGCUACACCACAUUUUCCCUCCCUCCCCUUGUCUCUGCAGACAGUAUGAUGGUACAAAUACAUUGACAUCUCUCAGUACUUUGAUUUAGUGAUCUGUUUUGUGUGCAUGUGUUAGGUUGAGAAAAUUGCUAAAUCUCUUUAUAAAAAGGCUUGACCAACAAGAUAUAAAUGUUGCUUGAAAACCAGUA